AGCAAGCAUUCAGACUUGACCAUAUGAUCAUGAGAAGGCAGAAAUAAAGAUGUAGCCAUCGAUCCCCACCAUGACAGAAAUGUCUUUAUUGCUGUCAGGCUUCAUUCACAAACCUCUGAAACCCAUUCAUUUUUUCUACAAAUUAAGUUACAUUACUUUCACACAUUUAAAGCUAUGGAAGAAACCAUGUUCUCCAAAUAUUGCAGCUUCUUAAUUAUGACCCUUAUGGUCAACUUUUUGUUUCUGAAGGGUACUGCUGCUACUGCUACAUCAGAGGUUUAUACAGUUGGUGAUGAGGAAGAGUGGAAUGAUGGGAGGGACUUUGUCUCAUGGUCACAGAAAUACAACUUUAGCGUUGGUGAUGUUCUUCGUUUUAGAUAUGUGAAGGGGCAACAUAAUGCUUAUGAAGUUAGAGAAGCAACGUAUAGAUCAUGUGAUGCGAGCUCUGGAGUGUUGGCAAAGUAUGAGAGUGGAGACGAUCAAGUGAAGCUGAGGCAAGCAAAGAAGCAUUGGUUCAUUUGCAAUGUCCCCGGACAUUGCCUUGGGGGAAUGAGGUUUGGCAUAGAUGUUAAAGAAGCAAGUGCCACUACUUCUGGGGCUAAUCUCUCAAGUGCUGCAUCAACCAGCUCGCAAAUGGAGCCAUCUCCACCACUCAACUCUUGUAAAAGUUAUGCACCUUUAAGGUGGUCGACCAUGGGAAUUCACAUAGUUGCAUUUGGAAUAUUAUAUUUAACAUUGGAUUAAUUUUUGAGGGAAAAUCGAGUCACAUACUCACAUUGAUUGGGAAUAUCAAUCAAUCUUUUCCUCC